UGUUAGGGGAAAAAGUUCCCUCAAAUGACAGUAAAGUUCCCUCUUGGUCAAAUACCUUUGCUCAGUUCAUCUGGCAGAAUCUUCCGACGCCAUCGAUUCAUCUCCAUCAUGGCGAACCAAAGAAGCUACUUUGAUUCAGCCACAGCGGCAAACACAAACUACCCAAUUCCAUUAUCUCCGCCAAUGCCUGACAUAUCUAAGGAAAUAGAGCCGCAUAGAGCCUUAACUGCUUCUUCAAAAUCCGCUCUUUUUACUCUUUCUAGAAGCCAUGUUAUCUUUGAAGAUGAAUGGCUCAUUGCGGUUAAUAAGCCCCAAGGAAUUUACUGUGAGAGUGUUUUGUCUUCACUCCCUGCUUUACUUAAAGACAAUGGGGCUAAUGUUUCCGAGCUUCAUUUAGCUAAUAGACUUGAUCGUGAUACGAGUGGUGUGAUGUUGAUUACUAAGUUGCACAAAGUAGCAGCUAAGUUUGUAAAAGCAUUUACAGACCAUAAGGUACGGAAAACAUACCUGGCUUUCUGUGUUGGGCUUGCUCCAAAAUGGGAAAAAAUAACUGUUAAAUCAGGUCAUGGCCGAUCAAAAUAUGGAGCUUGGCGUGUUUAUGCUGCAUCAGAUGUGGGCAGGAAACUGCCAGGUGGAUCACUUGUUAAAGACAUGGAGACCACUUUUGAAGUAUUAUCAGUGAACAGUGGUUUUAAAGAGGUCUCUGACUUACAAAAAGAUGAAGCUGUAGUCAUAGUUCAAGAGAAAUCAGUCAUUGGUUGUGACUUGAAGAACGAUGAGAUUUUGGUCAGGGCACGCCCUCGAAGCGGAAGAACACAUCAAAUUCGCUUGCAUUGCCAGUAUCUUGGAAUUCCUAUACGAGGAGAUGUACGAUAUGAAGGUGUCUAUGAUUGGAAAGGCAGCAGAUAUGAUGGUCAUGAUCUUCAUGCAGAAAGUUUAUCUUUUGAGCAUCCUAUUACUGGGAAACCAAUCCUGCUUCAGGCACCUCCACCUUCGUGGGCUAUUCAACCUUUAAGGUCUCAGUUCGAGUAAUGAUUGAGCUAGCAGUUUGAAAGCAUUUUGGGCUCUCUUAAACAAAUGAUUUGGAGCAAGACAGACCAAGAAAGAGUUAAGUUCAUAAUGGCUAUGAACUUAAUUUAUUCUGAGCUUUUGGGGAGAUGUUCUUUUUUACCCUGUAAUUAGUGACCUCAAAGGCAAAUGGCAAUACACUGGCAUCACUUUGCAAGUUGUUCCACAAGGGAUGGAGUUGCAGAAAAGAAGGGGUAGUUGUUAUUUUGGGUUGAGGUGUUUAAGUGGUGAGGGGGUUGCCAGUUGGUCAAUUCUCACUAUUUUCAUUCAUGUUUUAGGUUUCUGAUUUUCAUUAACAGGCUAAGCUUUGCCCUGGUCACUCCAUGCAAAAAAGGGUUGACAAGGAUUAGUAGAUGACUGCAGAAAUUGCUGGAGAGUAAAUAUAAGAAAUAGUUAUUCGCAUAUGGCGUUUGUACCAAACCAAGCAAUACUUUACUAUAUAUUAGAAGUGAGACUUUGGGUGUACGAACACUGCAAUUUUAAGUUGUACAAAAGGCAGUGUGCAUAAUACUUUAUAGUUGGGCUUACCUCAUUAGUGAUUUUACACGUGUACUGCAUCUUUGUUGUGCAAUAAACCAUGUUUACUUCACUAUUUCUGAUAUCUCCACGGCUCUCUGCAAUUUUCCUCA